AUGAUGGCCUACGGAAGCGCGCCGCUGCAGCUGCCUGUUCCCGCUUCUGCUGCCAUUGCACCGCACCGCAGCAUCACUGCACCACAGCAUCACCGCAACCCUUCUUCUGCAAUGGCACGUCUCUUCUUCGGCCUGUUGGCCGCUGCUGCCGCUCUGCUGCCGUCGGUCGCCGCCCACAACAUCCAGCUGCCUGCGCAUGGCCGCGAAUGCUUCUUUGAGGAGCUCCAUCGCGACGAUACGAUGACGGUGACCUUCCAGGUGGGCGACCGCGAGUUUGGCGGCGCCGGCAACCUGGACAUUGAUUUCUGGAUCACGACCCCCAACGGCCAGUAUGAGACCUUCCAGAAGACGACCUCAAACGGCGACUUCACCUUUAGCGCCCAUUUGGACGGCAAGUAUCAAUACUGCUUCAGCAACGAGCACUGGGGCGCGUCCAGCAAGGAGGUCUCCUUUAACGUGCACGGCAUCGUGUACGUGUCCGAAGCCGACAGCCCCAAGGAUCCGCUCGAGGCCGAGGCUCGCCGCCUGUCAGACCUGUUGGCCCAGGUCAAGGACGAGCAGUCAUACAUUGUCGUGCGAGAGCGCACGCAUCGCAACACGGCCGAGAGCACCAACAGCCGGGUCAAGUGGUGGAACCUGUUCGUCAUCGGCGUCGUCAUCGGCGAGUCGGUCUUCCAGGUCUGGUGGCUGCGGCGCUUCUUCGAGGUGAAGCGUGUCAUCUGA